AUUUAGACUAUGCCAAUCCCCGUGUAAACUGCGGGUGCUUAUUCAGACUUCACUCAACCAAUCAAGAUGGCGACUUUUAGCUCUUUGUAUGCAUUUCUUUUUGUGACAUGUUUCUCAUCUUUUUGCACUUACGUGCUAGGUGAAGGGAGGUUUAUGCUAGCCCAUGUACCUGAUUACAUCAACGUCCAUCCUGAUGCAGGCCCAAUCAAUGCCAAUGAAAUACCAGAUUUAUUCCCUUUAGCUUUAGGAUUUUCAAGUUCAAAGCCUGUAUCAUGGCAUGGUAUGUCAAGUGGGAGUAUCUUCAGAAGACCCAAGGCUGGUGUUCUAAUCACAAUAGAAGAGAUUCAAGGAACAGAUGCUCUCAAGCCUUCAGCUCUUCACUCAGUUCCUAUUAACCAGGUCAAACGUGGUAGUCUAAAUCUGGACUCUAUGAAGGACACUAUUAGGAACAUGUAUGGAAAAGGCAAACCAGUCUCGGUAGAACUUGCUGCUGGUGUAGAGUUUGUUCAGUCACCAGACGAGUUCCCAAAGCUGUUUGAGGGGCUUCCCCCUCUUAGGCUAGACAGGAUGAUGCCCCUGCUGAAAGGUAGCACAUCAGUGACCCUUGAACUCUCACCUAUGAUCCUUAACCUGACCCACCAGUCAGAUGUUAACUUCUUCAGCGAGCUUCAGAUCAUGAAGGAGGUUCUACUGAAGCUGAAGGAGAACCGAGCUGUUGUGGAGGAUAACAUACCAGACAUCUAUUCAUUUGAGCUGUCAGGCUUCAGGGUUCUACAGACCGAGUAUGGAGUAGACUCAGCUCAAGUCACUGAUGCUAUGAAUGUUCUAGCUGACUUCAUCCAACAGUGGGGACGUGAUAUGGUAGAGCUGUAUGGUGAGGAUCUGUUUAUGGGCGUGGCCACCGUUCCCAUGGAAGCGUUCAUGCACAGACAGGGACGCUCCCUCAUGCAGUCCACAGGUAGCACAACAGCUGCGCCCACCGACGCUCCCACCACAAUGGGCGAUCUAACUACCGCUGCCGAGCCUACUCAAGCCCCUAUAGCUAACAUCACACCCUCAGCUUUGAAUGUAGCACCAUACUAUGACGACACCUUCCCCGUCUUCUUCAAUAUCUUCCUCUGGAUGGGAGUCAUCCUGGUGGUCGCAGUGGUGGUCGUCACCAGUAUGCUGGGGAACAUGGACCCCGGCGAUUCUAUCAUCUACAGGAUGACCAGUCAGCGAAUCAAGAUUGAUUGAUUCAAACUCAUUUGUGUCAUGGAUAGAUUAUUGAAAUAUAUAUUAUCAUCGAGGUAGUGUCAAUUUGAAUUACUGUGAAGAGUUGCUCGUGUAGUUUGUUUCGGGGUUUAAACAAUAACGUGGGGUGGGAUUGAUGUAUUUUUCAUUUAGAAUGCCAAAGACAUCAAUAUAUUCUUCUGAUUAAUAAACCUAUGGAUUUACGCCUAUCUGAUAGACUAGGAGAACAAAUGAAAGAUUUGAUAAUGCACCUUUAUACUAAAGGUGCUCACCAAACAUGUCAGUCGUUGGUACAUUAAUGAGAAAAUGGGGGGGGGGGGGGGGGUGUAGGUGAGACGUACAGUGCGUGCUGUGUGCCUUCAUUCAAUACAGCCCAAUUUUAAUACAUUGUGAAGUCCUCCCAAGGGAGUCGAGGAAAGUGGUCUAUAAAGGUUAAGGAAGGAGGUUUUUAUAUAUAGGGUUUAGUACAUGUUUCAUUGUAAAGCACUUAUCAUGGAAAACCAAGAUGGUGGUCUAUAUAGAUAGGUGGUCUUUCUGUACAGGUGGUUAAUAUUUAAAGCAGGUUUAACUGUUAUAGUGGUGCAACUCUUCACAAUUGAAUAUCAAAUAUAUAGUAAUGGGGCCCGUUGCACAAAACUCACCAUAGAUGGUACUACUUUGCCAUCAAUAGAUCAUGGAAAUUAGUCUUCAUUGUGAUUGGCUGUUAAGCCCUGUAAUACCAUGGCAGUUGCCAUUGAUGGCAUAAUUUACCAUCAAUGGUAAGUUUUAUACAAUGGGCCAUGGUAAUUUUCCUCUCACUGCCUCAGGUCUACACCCACAUUUCACAGGACAUUAGAAGGGAAGUAACUCUGGUUGAUAAGGCAGUUAGAUGAUAGUCAUUUCAUUCAUUUUUUUUAAAAUCAGUUAAGUUGAUCAGAAAGUUUUGAAUCUCUUAAACCAUGUACAAGCUCCAUUUAUUGAGGGGAGAAGGUAUCUUCAAUGAACUCAUGGGUUCGGUCAAGUCUUUUGGGCUUUAGGAUAAAUCGUGCUGAGAGGAAUCCUGUCUAGGUAUGGCACUUUAGUAGGGACUUUUAGAUUCUGCACAACAAGAACAUGGACUGUCCUUUUAAGGCACUGGCAGUGACGUCACAUUGCCUUAAAAGGGCAGUCCGCGUUCUCGUCGUGUAGAAUUUAAAAGUCCCUAGUCUCUUCACCCAUUGCCAAUGAUAACCAGAUCAUCCUUGGCUUUUAUAAAGCAUGUGCAAAGUUAGAGAAUUUGGUUACGUUGGCUUCAAACUAAUCAAGCCAAUACAUACAGGUAGACAGUUGACAUCUAUGAUAGGCAUUGUUCCUCCUGCUAACAAUUUGUAUGGUGUUUGUCCUUUUUAAUGUGCUCAACUUAUGCAAUGUGGUAGGUGAUAUUCCUUUCUUGAAUUACCGCUUACCGGUAUUAAGCACACUGUACUCUAAUGAAUGAAUUCCAAUGGGGCUUAUACAUGGUUCAUAGAAAAUAUUAGGUGCAUCAUCAGUGGGACACCAUUUGCAAUCUUGUGAAAAUUAUAUUAUUAUCAUUUGUAAAGUCAUGUUUUGUGUAGACAUUAUUAGUAACAUAUAGAGGUAUUUUGGGAUGUAACACAAUGUCUGUAGAUAUAGAUAUAUUUCUUUGAAAA